UUUAUUUAAACUUCUCAUUGGCAAAACAGACUCAGUGCCGGGAACCAGAGCCUGCUAGGUGUGAAAGAUUUCCAAUACUGUUAAAGACGAGAACAACUGUUGCACACCAGGAUGUGCAUGUACAGGAGCAUUAUUCCAGUUCUCGGGGUGAUACAGAUAUUUGUGGGUCUGCUAAACAUUGGACUUGGUCCAGGACGAACCAGCAUGUAUCCUGGCGAUUUGACCAACAUGGGAGCUGCUUACUGGCUUGGAGCUGUGUACAUCAUAACUGGAAUCUUCACAAUUACUCUCAACUGCUGUCCCUAUUUUGUCUCAGUGAUCUUUGCUGUGACUGUGAACAUAAUCAGCUCCAUCUAUGCCAUCAUUGGCAUUGUGCUGUAUGCUUUAGACCUUGAUAAUUCCGCUUUCAUCGGCUUUUGUCAAAACAGCCAGCCCAGCGAGGAGUAUUUCAAUGAAUGUGAACUUUUGGCAUACAUUACUCAGAGAUUGGUGAUAGACAUGGACAUUACUUUGAUUGUCCUGGCUGUUCUCCAGCUCGGGGUCUCCAUUGCCAUCACAGUUUUGGGCAUCAGGGCUCUGUGCGGCAGAUGGAAGGAAAAAGGUGUCAACGAUACUGAGAUUCACCAGCCAAUUUUGAAGGAAGUUCUCAUGAUGAGUCCCGGUGCUGAAAAAGGAUUCACUCUAAUGUUUGGAUCCUUGAAAUAAAUCCUCAAGAUUUACUAACAGAAUCAAAUCAAAACUGCAUUACAAAAGUAAUAAUGUUUAGUGUUGGCUGUAACUGUAAAGCUGUUUCUUAAGUCAAUUCAUUCAUUCUAAUUCAUUUUCUAAAAUGCAGAUUUUGUAUUCUACAAACAUAUAAUAGUAAUUAAAUGACACAAUUGCACAUUAGCAAAGCACAUCAAUGCACGCUAUGGGACUACUAGUUUGUCUGUUUUUUCUCAUAUUUUUAGCUCUUUUAAUAAACUGUAACUUCACUGAGUGAAUGGAGCGAACUGCAAAAUGAUAAUUUCAAUUAAUACAUAUUUUCACUGUUAUUUUCACUUAUUUUCCCUGUUUUUGUUUGUUUGUUUUGAAAAAGGGCCCAAAUGUUGUUUUAGCUUUUGGCUGCAUAUGACAACAGAAAGAAUACAUAGUGAAUUAGAAAUGAAACUGUAAAAUGAACCAACCUAUAAAAAAAAUCAAAUAAUGAGCUUUAUGUAUUGUUCUUACUCUUUCAAUUAAAACGCAUAAUGAAAACGAUGA